CCGGAAGUUAACGAGGAUAAACUCUACGUAUAAACAAUAUGGCGACUCCCUGUGAUCUGUCAUGCCGACCAGAGAUGAGAGUUGAGUUGAGUCAAAGUUGACUCUUGUUGAUUGCAGUUUAUCCGGGCGGACUGUACGUCUUAUUUAACCCGUGGAAACGUUGUUAGGUGAGGAAAAGCUCAUGCUGGCGUCAGUGGCAGUCAGCAUGGCAGGAGCCUGCAGAGGGAAGGUCAGGUCGAUGGUCUCUCUGAGCAGGACACUGUCCACCAACAAGCCCGGCUCCCCUGCUGGAGCUCACUCUCCUCCGCCUGAAGCCCCCUCUUCUCUUCCGGACAGCCAGCCAGCCGCGGCAUCUGAGCGGAGACCCAGAAAAGAUCCCAGCGGCUGCUCCGUGCUCCUCUUCCCCGGCCAGGGCAGUCAGUUUGUGGGCAUGGGCAAAGGACUUCUGAAAUACCCCAACGUUAAAGAAAUGUUCACCGUGGCACACAAGAUCCUCGGUUACGACCUGUUGUCUCUGUGUCUGGAGGGACCCGAGGAGGAGCUGCAGAAAACGGUUCACUGUCAGCCGGCGGUGUUUGUCACCUCCCUGGCUGCAGUGGAGAGACUCAACCAAGAAAACCCAAAGGCCAUUGAGACGUGCGUCGCUGCUGCAGGUUUCAGUGUUGGAGAAUUUGCUGCUCUUGUCUUUUCUGGUGCCAUGAACUUUGCAGAAGUGCUGUAUGCAGUGAAGGUGCGAGCAGAGGCCAUGCAGAAGGCCUCAGAGCUGGUUCCCAGUGGGAUGCUGUCAGUCAUUGGUAGACCCCAGGCUCAGUAUAAUUAUGCCUGUCUGCAGGCAAAAGAGCACUGCAAGAGUCUCGGGAUAGAGAAGCCAGUGUGCUCUGUGGCUAACUACCUGUUUCCAGAUGGCAGGGUCAUCGCAGGGCACCAGCAGGCUCUGGAUUUCCUCCAGCAGAACUCCCGGCAUCUGCAGUUCAUGAGAACCAGACCUCUCCCAGUCAGUGGGGCUUUCCAUACUGAGCUGAUGGCCUCAGCUACUGAGCCCCUCAGAGAGGUGCUCCGGCAGGUCGAGGUGCGACGUCCCGAGAUCAGCGUGUACUCCAACGUGGAUGGCAAACGCUACAUGAACGAGAGCCACGUGCGCAGACAGCUGGUUAAGCAGCUGGUGUCGCCUGUGAAAUGGGAGCAAACUCUUCACGAGAUCUACGAGAGGACGCAGGGACAGAAUUUCCCCCACACCUACGAAGUCGGACCUGGAAGGCAGCUGGGCGCCACGCUUCAGAAGUGCAACAGGAAGGCUUACAAAACAUACAACCAUGUAGAAGUCACCACAUAUGAAGACUGAUGAUGCAGGGAGCAAAGACCUAUCAAGCCUGCAAGCUUCUGUGGUUGCUUCUUGUCUGUAUAGAAGUGUGUAAUUAAGGAUUUUUUUUUUUAAAUUAAGGAGGCUGUCACAUUUUGUCAUUAAAAGUUUAUUUGCAUGAAAAA